AGUCAAACGUCAAACAUAAGAAAUAGCUAAAACUAGUAAAAUGACAUCAGUUCCUCCAGCACCAGCUAACCCGGAAAUUAAAUAUACAAAGUUGUUCAUCAACAACGAAUGGGUUGAUGCAAAAGAUGGAUCAACAUUUGCAACAAUAAAUCCGGCAACUGAAGAAAAAAUUGCUGAUAUUGCGGAAGCAAAAGAAGAUGAUGUUGACGCCGCGGUCGCAGCUGCUCAAGCAGCGUUUGCACACGGUUCUGAAUGGAGAAGAACAGAUCCGUCCAUGAGAGGCAUUUUACUCAACAAAUUUGCAGAUUUAAUUGAAAGAGACUUGCAGUAUUUGGCGGUUCUUGAAUCACUGGACAACGGCAGAAUAUAUGCGGAUACAUAUUUGUAUGAUAUUCCUGGUUCAAUAAAAGUUCUUCGAUAUUUUGCUGGAUAUGCCGACAAAUAUCACGGAAAGACAAUUCCGUUUGACGGAGAUUAUUUUUGCUACACAAAACAUGAACCAGUCGGAGUGUGCGCUGCAAUAUUACCCUGGAAUUUCCCGAUAUCUCUUGCGACGUGGAAAAUGGGACCUUGUCUGGCGAUGGGAAAUGUACUAGUGUUGAAGCCAGCUGAACAGAGUUCUCUAACAGCACUUUAUUUGGCUUCCCUAGUCAAAGAAGCAGGAUUUCCACCAGGAGUGUUUAACGUCGUCACAGGCUUUGGGAAAACAACGGGAAGUGCGCUCGCCCAUCACAUGCACGUAGAUAAAAUUGCGUUUACAGGAUCGGGAGCAACUGGGAGACUGAUUCAGAAAGCUGCUGCAGAUUCCAACUUGAAACGAGUUUCCUUAGAACUAGGCGGAAAGUCCCCGGCGAUCGUGUUUGCAGAUGUUGAUGUGGAUUAUGCAGUCGAAACCUCACACGGAGCAAUCUUCUGUCAUAGUGGUCAAGUAUGUAACGCAGGAUCGAGAACAUACGUUCAUGCUGAUAUUUAUGAUGAAUUUGUGCAAAAAAGUAUUGAAAGAGCGAAGAAGCUGAAAAUUGGAAGUCCACUCGAUUCGAGUACUGAACACGGUCCUGUGGUGAGUAAAGAACAAGAAGAGCGUGUACUCAAAUUUUUGAACAAAGGUAUACAAGAUGGAUGUAAACUGGAAUGUGGCGGGAAGAAAUGGGACGGUAGUAAUGGAUAUUUCAUCGAACCGACGGUUCUUACGAAUGUAAAGGAUGAUAUGCAGAUUACACAGGAAGAGGUUUUCGGUCCGAUUCAGCAAAUCUACAAAUUCAAAGACGUUAGUGAAGUUAUUGAACGAGCAAAUAAUACCAAGUAUGGACUUGCUGCCGCAGUUAUCACGAAUGAUAUUAACAAAGUGAUGGCGAUAACCAAUCAGAUUAAAGCUGGAAUGAUAUGGGUUAACUGUUACUGGAGUGCAAGUCCUGGAGCUCCGUUCGGCGGAUAUAAAGAGUCUGGAUAUGGGCGAGACAAGGGUGAAAACGCACUUGAACAAUAUACUGAAGUGAAGACCGUCAUAACUAAAAUUCCACAAUGAAGAGUGUAGCAAAUUUCAGCUGUGUAAAUAAAUGAAGCAUGAGAGAAUGUCAAUAUGUUUUAAAUAGUAACUGAAUACCGUACUGUAUGAGUGUCCCAUUAUAGUUAUGGUCUGGGCUAAAGGAAGUGGGGCGGAAUUUACAAUCAUCUGAUUCUAUUCAUGACCAGAAGCACUGGGGCAGCAUUCACCGCCCGGUAAACGAAGAUUAAGUUGGCAAGUGAAAGAGUGGCCUCCAAAUUUCUGUGUACACGCCACGUGUUGAAAAGCCAUUUUA